AUGGGGCGCCCGCGGGCCCUGCCCCUGGCGGGGCUGCUGCUGCUCGGGCUGUGCGGGGCCGGGGCCUGGACGGGACCCCCGGAGCAGGUCCGUGCUGCCCCCCCGGGUCUGACCCCCAGCCGCCUCUGCCUCUGGGAUCGGGCCCCCAGAUUCCCGCCCCCCCGGGUCGCGGACCCCGCUUGCCUGGAUGGCUUCUCGGUCUCCAAAGAUCAGCCCCUGCAGCCCCCUUCCUCCUACCUGGAGCAGCUGCUGUGGGUGAGCGGGCGGGAGAUCGGGGAGGUGGAUACAUACAGGAUCCCCUCAUCGCGCGGCCGACGCCCCACGGCUCCUUCCUGGCCUUCGCUGACGCCCGGAAAUUCCUCCCCGUCGGACUUGGGGCCAAAUCUCCAUCGCCCUGUCGCGCUCACACCUGACGGAGGCGCGACGUGGUCCCCCAGCUCGUUCAUCGUGGACGACGGGUCGCGGGUGGAUGGGCUGAACCUGGGGGCCGUGGUCGUGGACCGGGCGAACGGCUCCGUGUUCCUGUUCUACGCGCUCUGCAUCCACCAGCCGCAGCCCUGCGUCUCCAGCACGAUGCUCAUUCGCAGCCGGGACGAUGGCCUGUCCUGGAGCCGCCCCCGCAACCUCUCCCAGGAGAUCGGCCUGGACAGGUUUGCCCCGGGGCCCGGGCUCGGCAUCCAGAAACACUACGAGCCCCGCACGGGGCGGCUGAUCGUCUGUGGCCACAGGACGCUGGACCUGGACGGGAUUUACUGCCUGCUCAGCGACGACCAGGGCGAGAACUGGCGCCUGGGGGGGGCCCUGCGCGGGAUCCCCUACGGGCGUCCCAAGUUAGCUCACGACUUCAACCCCGACGAGUGCCAGCCCUACGAGCUGCCGGACGGGUCGCUGGUGAUCAACGCCCGGAACCAGAACUUCUACCACUGCCCCUGCCGCAUCCUGGCCCGGAGCUGGGACGCCGGCGAGACCCUCCCCCCCGAGGCCGUGACUUUUGACCCCACCCUGGUGGACCCCGCCGUGGCGGCCGGAGCCGUGGUGACCAGGGGCCUGGUCUUCUUCAGCAACCCGGCCAAUGACACCCACCGCAUGAACCUGACCCUGCGCUGGAGUUCGGCCAAGGACCCCUCCUGGUGGCAGCGCCCCCUGCAGGUCUGGGCAGGGCCCAGCGGCUACUCCUCCCUGGACGUCCUGGAGCCCCCCAGGGAGCCCCCCACCCUCUACCUCAUCUAUGAGAAGGGGCGGAGCCAGUCCAUCGAGAGCAUCUCAUUGGUCAAGAUCAGCCUCUCCGGGAGCCUCUGACCCCCAGAGCCCCAGGGGCCCUGCCCCACUCCCAGCCUGGCCCCAGGGGCACUGGAUGGGGGAGGGAAUCAGCCCCUUACCCUGGAAUUAAAGGGGAAGGAACUGCACUAACGGAGCAAUAAAGGAAACGAAACUUC